GGCCCUGCUGGUUUUUCAUUCGAUCAACCUCGAUUUCAUUUAUUCGAGAAAAUGCAGAACACAAACAGCAGAUGAACUAUGAAUGCUGAACACAAUGAUCUCCUCCCUCCAGCGCCAGACAAUGAGAGGUCGUAGGCUGAAGGGGGCACUAUCCAACCCCCUCUUUGUGCUGCUUUUGGCCCUUCAGAUCCUGGUGGUGGCUGGGCUGGUUCGUGCUCAGACCUGUCCUUCUGUCUGCUCAUGCAGUAACCAAUUCAGCAAAGUCAUAUGCACACGUCGCAGUCUACGGGAUGUUCCAGAUGGCAUUUCUACCAACACCCGUUACCUGAACCUCCAGGAUAACCUCAUUCAGGUAAUCAAGGUGGACAGUUUUAAACAUCUGCGCCAUCUGGAGAUCCUGCAACUGAGCAAGAAUCACAUCCGCAGCAUUGAAAUUGGCGCCUUCAAUGGGCUGGCUAGCCUCAACACGUUGGAGCUCUUUGAUAAUCGGCUCACGACAAUCCCCAAUGGAGCGUUUGAGUACUUAUCCAAGCUGAAGGAAUUGUGGCUAAGAAACAACCCCAUCGAAAGUAUACCAUCUCAUGCCUUCAACCGGGUCCCCUCACUUCGAAGGCUGGAUCUAGGUGAGCUCAAACGUCUCUCCUACAUUUCUGAUGGGGCUUUCAAGGACCUGAGCAACCUGCGCUACCUGAACUUGGGAAUGUGCAACCUCAAAGAGAUCCCCAAAAUUUUACCUUUGGUAAGGCUUGAAGAGCUAGAAAUGUCAGGGAAUCAGCUCUCUGUUGUCAAGCCCAGUUCAUUUACAGGGUUAGUGAACCUCCAGAAGCUGUGGAUGAUGCAUGCCCAGAUCCAAACUAUUGAGAGGAAUUCCUUUGAUGACCUUCAGUCACUGGUGGAGCUCAAUCUUGCUCAUAACAACCUUACAUUUCUACCACAUGACCUCUUCACACCGCUGCACCGCUUAGAGCGAGUCCACCUCCAUCACAAUCCUUGGAACUGCAACUGUGACAUUUUGUGGCUCAGCUGGUGGCUGAAGGAAACUGUACCAGCCAAUACCAGCUGCUGUGCACGUUGCCAUACUCCUUCAGCCUUGAAAGGUCGCUACAUUGGAGAACUGGACCACAGCUACUUCCAGUGUGAUGUUCCUGUUAUCGUGGAGCCACCCAGUGACUUGAAUGUGACUGAAGGCAUGGGUGCAGAGCUUAAAUGUCGUACAAGCUCGGUGACCUCCAUCAGCUGGUUUACACCAAAUGGCUCAUUGGUGACUCAUGGGGCCUAUAAAGUGCGUUUGUCUGUCCUCAAUGACGGGACACUGAACUUUACUAGCGUCACAAUGCAGGACACUGGGACUUACACCUGUAUGGUUAGCAACACAGCAGGCAACAUUUCUGCCUCUGCUGUGCUUAAUGUCACUUCUGUGGAAAACAGCGGGGUGACCUAUUUUACCACAGUCACAGUGGAGACCACUGAGACCAUCGGGGAUGAUAGCCAAACACCACUUCCCCCAUUUGGCUGGGUGUCUUCCUCAACAACAAAAGGUACUCCUGCUUCACCAAGGACCACAGAGCGGACUUACACCAUUCCAGUUCUUGAUGUGGAUGGAGAGAGAGCCCUCAAUGGCCUGGAUGAGGUGAUGAAAACCACUAAGAUUAUCAUUGGCUGCUUCGUGGCCAUCACACUCAUGGCUGCUGUUCUGCUGGUUAUUUUCUACAAGAUGAGGAAGCAACACAACCAGCAGGAUCCCGAUGGCCCUGCCUCCUCUAUGGAGGUCAUUACUGUUGAAGAAGAGCUUGCAGGUGUUGCUGCUAUGGAGAGACACCUAUCGUUGCCCCCUCUGGAGCACUACAACCACUACAACACCUACAAGAGCUCUUACCACCAUCCUCCAAUGCUCAGUACCAUACACAGCUCAGCCACACAGGAACCUUUACUGAUUCAAGCUUGCUCAAAAGACAAUGUACAAGAGACUCAAAUCUGAUUUUAAAUUUGACUAAAUGUCCAGUAUCAGCCGUUACACACUUGGAGUACAAUGGACCAAAACAUGAAGAUAAAAGAAAUUAAAUGCCAUUGAUCUGACAGAGUUGAUGUCAAUAAUGGCAGUUAGUC